AUGCAAUAAGUGGAACCCAUCAUCGCCAAGUUGCGCAUAUCCGAAUUGGACGAAUAUGAACCACUCAAGAAAUAUUUCCCAAACCCCGUACUCAAGUUGUCUCACGUCGCCUUUGGAUCCCUAAUCCUCUCAAUCCUGUGCACAUUUACGGGCAUUGCACCCAGAGUUGUGACUGGCUUGGUUGGAGCCCUGAUUCCCUCCUUGUAAGCAAUCAAUAAAUACCAAACCACUGGUGAGAUUUACACGUGCCUUCCUUAUUUCAUCAUAUUUUCGACCUACUUGACCUUCCAAGGCUGGAUUAUGUGGAUCUUUUCUUUCAUCCCCUGCUUCGAUACCAUGUGUCUAUUGUUUGUCUUGGCUCUGUAUCAUCCAGACGUGCAAUUAUCAAAUAAAAUUUGGGCUUUGCUAUAGAAAGUUGUGUGA